AACAAAGGAGUGGGCGAGCCGGGGCCGUGAGCGCGGCCAAUGGGGGGGGACCGGCCCCGGGCCCGGGCCCACGGCGGCCUCGGAGCGGCCACGGGGCGGCUUCGCCGGGGGCUCCGCGUGGGCCGGGCCCGCCGCUGCUGAGGGACGGCUCGGACGGGACCCGCUCCCUGUCCCGGGGCUCGUCCCGGCCGGGCUCGGUCCCGCCUCGCAUCCCAAGUUUCAACGACGCGUUCGCCGCCUCUCCCGGUUCCCGGCCCGGUUCCCCUGCCCCGGUACCCCUCAGAUGCCCCAGGAGGAUGAAGGGGUACCUGGACCAGCAGGUGCCGUUCACCUUCCCGCAGCCCCCGGGCCCGGCGCUGCCCGCGGGCCGAGCCGUGCUGGGCGCCGCCAGGACUCCCGGGGAACCGGCGGUGCCGCCCGAGCAGGACUCGGAAGAGCUCUUCCAGGACCUGCGGCAGCUCCAGGAGACCUGGCUGACUGAAGCUCAGGUUCCAGACAAUGAUGAGCAAUUUGUGCCUGACUUCCAUUCAGAAAACUUAGCUUUUCACAGUCCUCCUGCUAAGAUCAAGAAGGAGCCCCAGAGCCCCUCGGAGCUGUCCUGCAGCCACGAGCAGCCGCUCCAGCACAACAGCAAGCAGUGCCUUUAUGCCAGUGCCUACGAGCAGCCCAGACAGUGCCCCAGCCCUGGAGUCCUGGUUCAGCCAGCCCUGCAGCAGCUCCCCAGGCAGGACAGGAGCUUCCCCUGCCCUGCAGGGCCACCCAGCUCCACCUCCAGCUGUGGCUUCCUCAGCGAGAGCAGCUCUGCCUAUCAGCCGCCUCUGGAGAUGUGCCAGCCCUUCCCACCGUCCCAGGAGGACCCCAGUGCCUACCAGUGCCUCCAGUUCCCCCAGCAGGGCUUCAAGCAGGAGCAGCAGGACCCCCAGUACGAGGCAGCAGAGCGGGCAGGCAGCGGGCAGCAGUUCCCAGCAGCGGUGCUGGUCAAGCAGGAGCAGGUGGAUUACCUGUACGAGCCAGAUGCUCCUGAGUGCCCUUCCAUGUACGUGAAUGCUGAGGGUUACCCCAGCCACUGCAGCACAGAGGAUGCACCAGGCUAUGGCAAGCAGAUGAGGCCCUUUGCUGAUGAUGUCUGUGUUGUUCCAGAGAAAUUUGAAGCAGGAGACCUCAAGCAGGAAGGGGCAGGGUACAGGGAAGGACCCCCCUACCAGAGACGGGGCUCGCUGCAGCUCUGGCAGUUCCUCGUGGCCCUCUUGGACAACCCCACCAAUUCCCACUUCAUUGCCUGGACUGGGAGAGGGAUGGAGUUCAAGCUCAUUGAGCCAGAGGAGGUGGCCAGGCUCUGGGGCAUCCAGAAGAACCGUCCAGCCAUGAACUACGACAAGCUGAGCCGCUCUCUGCGCUACUACUACGAGAAAGGCAUCAUGCAGAAGGUGGCUGGGGAGCGAUACGUGUACAAGUUUGUGUGUGAGCCCGAGGCUCUGUUCUCCAUGGCCUUCCCCGAGCAGCCGCGGCUGAGGGCGGAGCUGGAGCUCAGCGAGGAGGACACGCUGCCCCUGUCCCACCUGGGGGACAAUGGCUGCCACCUGCCAGAGCUCGGCAGCUUCCCUGCACAGCUCUGCAGCAAGGGCUACACCUACUAGCACUGCUGGGAGCUCUGUGGGCAGGGAUGGAUGGAUGGAUGAUGGAUGGAGGGAUGGAUGGAUGGAUGGAUGGAUGGAUGGGUGGGUGGAUGGAUGAUGGAUGGAUGGAUGGGUGGAUGGAUGAUGGAUG